CACCUCUUUCGUCCUGCCUCCGAAGCUCGCGGGAACCGACGGACGGCCGCGGCGAGCGAGGGCCGGACUGCGGGCAGCGGCAAGGUGAAUGGUGCUGUUGAGCGCCUUCUGUGAGGACCACUCACACCUGUUCUGGGGAACACUUUCUCCAAAGGAUCAGCAAGCAUCCAGUUCAAUUCCAGAUUCAUGGGGUUGCUGCAGACCGGAUACUGCUUGUCUCACUAAGACAAGUACAGCUGAGCAUCACACGCCAAAAGGCAUAUCAAAAACAAAAGCUGUAAAGUUUGGAUCUUUCCUGCGUUAGAAGCAAGAAAAAUGGAAAAUUGAUCAUCAAAGGUCGUUGCGGGAGACGGGUCUGGAACCACACCCCCGGGUGUCCAUGACCCCCGUGGCUGUGCCCCGUCAGCGAUGAAAGGGUUAUCGGGCAGCCGCAGCCAUCAUCACGGAGUCACCUGCGAUUCAGCCUGUGACUCGCUGUCGCACCACGCGGACCGCAAGCCAUACCUGCUGAGCCCAGUGGAGCACCACCCGGCCGACCACCCCUAUUACACUCAGCGGACCUCCUUCCAGGCCGAGUGUGUGGGCCCCUUCAGCGACCCGCUGGCCAGCAGCACCUUCCCGCGGCGGCACUACACCUCGCAGCAGGAGCUGAAGGACGAGUGUGCCCUGGUGCCCCGCACCCUGGCCACCAAGGCCAACCGCAUCCCCGCCAACCUCCUGGACCAGUUUGAGAGGCAGCUGCCUCUCAGCCGGGAUGGCUACCACACUUUGCAGUACAAGCGCACGGCCGUGGAGCACCGCAGCGACAGCCCCGGCCGCAUCCGCCACCUGGUCCACUCGGUCCAGAAGCUCUUCACCAAAUCGCACUCCCUGGAGGGGCCAUCCAAGGGCAGCGUCAACGGGGGCAAGGCCAGCCCGGACGAGACGCAGACCGUGAGGUACGGCAAGCGCAGCAAAAGCAAGGAGCGGCGCCCGGAGCCCAAGCCGCGCAACAACACAUCCCCGGGCUGGUGGAGUUCUGACGACAACCUCGACGGCGACAUGUGCAUCUACCACUCCCCCUCGGGUGUGAUGACCAUGGGCAGGUGCCCCGACCGCUCGGCCUCUCAGUACUUCAUGGAGGCCUACAACACCAUCAGCGAGCAGGCGGUGAAGGCCUCCCGGAGUAACAACGAUGUCAAGUGCUCCACCUGCGCCAACCUGCCCGUCACCCUAGACGCACCGCUGCUCAAGAAGAGUGCCUGGUCCUCCACACUGACCGUGAGUCGAGCCCGAGAGGUUUACCAGAAAGCCUCGGUCAACAUGGACCAGGCCAUGGUGAAGUCAGAGUCGUGUCAACAAGAACGUUCCUGCCAGUACCUUCAGGUCCCUCAGGAUGAAUGGACAGGGUACACCCCUCGAGGUAAAGAUGAUGAAAUCCCCUGCCGAAGAAUGCGGAGCGGCAGCUACAUCAAGGCCAUGGGAGAUGAAGACAGCGGUGACUCGGACACCAGCCCCAAGCCUUCUCCCAAAGUGGCUGCGCGAAGGGAAAGCUAUCUCAAGGCGACUCAGCCAUCCCUCACAGAACUCACCACUCUCAAGAUUUCCAAUGAGCACUCCCCCAAACUCCAGAUCCGGAGUCACAGUUACCUGAGGGCGGUCAGUGAGGUCUCCAUCAACCGAAGCCUCGACAGCCUUGACCCUGCGGGGCUGCUCACGUCCCCGAAGUUCCGCUCCAGGAACGAGAGCUACAUGCGCGCCAUGAGCACCAUCAGCCAGGUAAGCGAGAUGGAGGUGAACGGGCAGUUCGAGUCGGUCUGCGAGUCGGUGUUCAGCGAGCUGGAGUCGCAGGCGGUGGAGGCCCUGGACCUGCCGAUGCCUGGCUGCUUCCGCAUGCGGAGCCACAGCUACGUGCGAGCCAUCGAGAAGGGCUGUUCGCAGGACGACGAGUGCGUGUCGCUGCGGUCCUCCUCCCCACCGCGCACCACCACCACCGUGAGGACCAUCCAGAGCAGCACGGUGUCAUCUUGCAUUACAACAUAUAAGAAGACACCACCUCCAGUCCCACCCAGAACUACCACGAAACCUUUCAUUUCUAUCACAGCCCAGAGUAGCACAGAGUCAGCCCAGGACGCCUACAUGGACGGACAGGGCCAGCGAGGGGAUAUUAUCAGCCAGUCUGGACUGAGCAACUCCACGGAGAGCCUGGACAGUAUGAAGGCUCUGACAGCCGCCAUCGAGGCCGCCAAUGCCCAGAUCCAUGGCCCUGCGAGUCAACACAUGGGCAACAACGCCGCCACCAUCACCACCACCACCGCCAUGGCCACCAUCACUGCAGAAGACAGGAAGAAGGACCACUUCAAGAAAAACCGAUGCCUGUCCAUUGGGAUCCAGGUGGAUGAUGCUGAAGAACCUGACAAGACAGGGGGAAAUAAAGCACCCAGUAAGUUCCAGUCCGUAGGAGUGCAAGUAGAAGAAGAGAAAUGCUUCCGCAGGUUCACUCGCUCCAACAGUGUGACGACGGCCGUGCAGGCCGACCUGGACUUCCACGACAACCUGGAAAACUCUCUGGAGUCGAUAGAGGACAAUUCGUGCCCCGGCCCGGUGGCCAGACAGUUCUCCCGGGAUGCCAGCACCUCCACCGUCAGCAUCCAGGGCUCAGGAAACCAUUACCACGCCUGCGCGGUCGACGAGGACUUCGACGCGGACUUCGAUCCUUCCAUUCUGCCGCCCCCGGACCCCUGGAUUGAUUCAAUCACCGAAGACCCCCUGGAGGCCGUGCAGAGAUCAGUGUGCCACCGGGACGGCCACUGGUUUCUGAAGCUUCUCCAGGCGGAGCGGGACCGCAUGGAAGGCUGGUGCCAGCAGAUGGAGAGAGAAGAGCGGGAGAACAACCUUCCUGAGGAGAUUCUAGGGAAAAUCCGAACCGCAGUGGGCAGUGCCCAACUUCUUAUGGCCCAGAAAUUCUACCAGUUCAGAGAACUGUGUGAAGAAAACCUGAAUCCCAAUGCUCAUCCAAGGCCCACCUCUCAGGAUCUGGCGGGGUUCUGGGACAUGCUGCAGUUGUCCAUAGAAAACAUUAGUAUGAAAUUUGAUGAACUUCAUCAGUUAAAGGCCAAUAAUUGGAAACAGAUGGAUCCUCUUGACAAGAAGGAGCGAAGGGCCCCUCCUCCAGUGCCCAAGAAGCCGGCGAAGGGCCCCGCGCCGCUGAUCCGGGAGCGCUCGCUGGAGAGCUCGCAGCGCCAGGAGGCCCGCAAGCGCCUGAUGGCCGCCAAGCGCGCCGCGUCCGUCCGUCAGAACUCGGCCACCGAGAGCGCCGAGAGCAUCGAGAUCUACAUCCCCGAGGCGCAGACCCGGCUUUGA